AUGGCGCCGAAGGUGAAGAGGGUCGCCUCUAAGAAAAGGAAAGAACCUUCUUCCUCGGGCGCUGCUGAGGCUUCUGCGGCCGAAGAUCGAGGGGAGGUGCCGACUGCCGAGGAGCCUGCGGCCGAGCCUAUCUUGAUUUCAGAUGACGAUUCUGAAGAUGACCCAGUUUCCAGCAUCAAAUAUUUUAGCUUGUUCUUCUGUUCUGGUUGCCAGUCCAACUGCCUUCUAUCUCACACUGUUGUUAUUGUGCUACUCUUGACAGAAAUAACAGAUGACGAAUCUGAUUAUGAAAUUGAGUAUGAGGUUUUAUCUGGAGGUUUAGAUGAGCCAUGGGAAUACGUUGGUGUUUCUCACGAUGAUAUCCCGUCAACUAGCAAGGAGGUCGGAUUCAGCGAAGGACAAAUCACAUUAAGAGACACCCAAGAUCUAAAACAUGAAAUUGUUGGUGAUGAUAAAGCUAAAGUCGAUAUCUUAGACUCCAAAGCUAACGUCGGUGCAUCAGAUUCUCAUCCCAAUGGAAAAGAUCACGAGAAGCACGAAAGUGAUAUGUCAACCUCUGAAGUUGAAGUACAAGAGAAUUCUGGAGUUGAUGCCGCGGUUAGUGUUGAACCUGACGAGGAUUCUUGCUACGGUCACGAAGAUUUGGAGAGGCUGAUGUGUGAAAUUGGAGGCAUGAGAGCCAAUUUGAGGUUGAUGCCAGAUUUCCAGAGGAGAGAAAUGGCGGCAAAGCUGGCCAUGAAAAUGGCUGCUAUGUUCGUAGAGUGCAGUGAUGAAGAUGAAAGUUUAGAAUAAGUAGUAGGUUGAAGAUGGGGAUCCCUUUUCGCAUUUCAGCAGUCAAUACCUACAAAGAAUUGAAGGAGCCAACUUAGUCCUUCAAGUGCCCAACUUGACUAGACAUAUCAGUCUCCUCACCUUAAUAUGAUUGCUCCGCUGUAUAAGUUAUUCCAUAUUGUGUGUCAUACAACAUGUUGAGCAGCAGUUUUCUAGCUGGUAGCUCAGCGAGCUUUCGUAUGAGUUUGUACUAAAGAGGCAUUGCUAUUUGUUAAAUUCAUUUCUCUGUAUAUAACGGGUGAUAUGUCAAUUUUUUGAGGUUGCA